AUAAAUCCUGGUUAUUAAAUAAUUCAAUAUAAUAUUAUUUAUUAUUAUUUCUAUAAUAAUAUUGUACUUGUGAAAAUGUGAAAUGUGAAAUGUUAAGAUUUGUAUUUAUUGGUAGUUACAUAAUUAAGACCGUGGUUACGACUGUUUAUGAGUACCUACUAUAUUUCUAUUUUUCUUUUUGAAAAUAUGAAACUCGUUGAGAACCAUAUAAGUCAUAAACUAUAACUCAAUAACUGAAAACAGUAUUACCGCUUUCAUUCGAUGCGUCCAAAUAUUUUUUCGAUUUCGGUCUUGUCUGUAGUGGAAGCUGCCUAUUAAAUUGCAUCUGUUACUAUAUAUCAAAAGACAAAAAUUACCGAUGUUCGUUGUUUUGUGUUUUUAAAGCCAAUGAGCUUAAUACCAUUAAAAUGUUUCAUUUGUUUUAUUUAACGAGACUGAAGACUGUUUUUGAAUUGACCAAACACAAGUUAAAUGAAUAUAUUUAUUAUUAUUUGGUAUUUCUUCUUGCUUCUACUACAAUUUACAAUGAAUGGUUGGUAUACUCACUGUAUGCAAGUAAAUGGCCAACAUUGUACUGUGGUAAUGAGAAAUUUUGUAAGACCAUCCUACUAGUUGCUGAUCCACAAAUAUUAGGAGAAGAAAGAGCAAAUAUAAUAGCACGCUGGGAUAGCGAUCGAUAUUUAUUCAAUACAUACGGUCGAGCAUUGCAGCAUGUUAAUCCUGAUAAUGUUAUAUUUAUGGGUGAUUUAAUAGAUGAAGGAUCAUUAGCUGAUCAAAAAACUUUUGAACGUUAUUUACAUAGAUUUAGUAAAAUAUUUUUUUUAAAGAACACAAUUCCUCUUGCAUCUAAAAAUGUAAUUUUUAUACCAGGUGAUAAUGAUAUUGGUGGGGAUGAAGAAAUUGUAAUUCGAGAAAAAGUUGAUAGAUUUAAUCUUUACUUUGGUUCGCCAGGAAUAAUUGAAAAUGAAAAGAUAGAAUUUAUCAUGGUAAAUCAACUGAUAGAUUCAAUGCCAACAAACAUUAAUCCUACAAAUCGAACAAAUACUGUAAAAAUUAUGUUUUCACAUAUUCCUUUGACAACAAGAUGGACAAAAUUUACUGAUAAAGUUGUAAAUGAGUUCAAGAGUGAAUUCAUAUUCUCAGCUCAUGAUCACUCUUCUUUUAAUUUUAUUAGUGACAUUAAAAAAAGAAAACAUACAUAUGUUCAAAGGCUUGGACAUAACAGCUUUGAUGAAAUGUCCAGAGCUCAAUGGAGGUUUGGGCAACAAUCACCAAAUUCAGUCAGUGAAAUAAUUGUGCCAACCUGUUCGUAUAGAAUGGGAUCAAAUAAUAUAGGAUAUGGUGUAUUAACAAUUGAUACAUUCAGACACUCAGUCACAUACACUAUUUUAUGGCUUCCAUCAAGAUUUGCUUGUCUAUAUCUAUACCUGUAUGUUUUAAUGCUAUGCAUUAUUUUGUAUUUCUUACAUUUCAUUACCAGAAAUAGUAAAACAAUCAUAUACAGGGUUAUGUAAACAAUUUAAUGCACAUAAUACCUUGAAUUUAAUUAUAAUAUUGAUACACAAAUUAUGUUAGUUAGCUAAGUGAUAAUUUGUUUAAGUAACAACAUUAUGUAUUUCAAAAUAUUUUUGACUAAAUAACAAAAUGCACAAAAAUAUAUACUUACAGUACCUAA